AUGCAGCCCACUGCCUCCCAUACUGACCCUCACUCCGACUGGGACGAUCUGUCUGCCCUUUGGAGCGACAAACCGCAGAAACCGUUGCGCGAGCGCCACCUCACUUUCCGUACCAUAAUCCCGGACGGUGUCCGCCUCCACGACAGAAGUGUCAAGCACCGGUACAAAAAAGCGCCUACCGCGUAUCUUCUUGGGUACUUGGUAAUACCUAACGAUAUCUAUCAAAUGCUCAAGCAGAGAGGGAAGGCAUCGGACGACGUCCAGCGCACUCUCGUCCGAUACCUCAAAUGGGUGAAAGAGCAGACCAAAAUGACAUGGGGAAGUGGGCUACGGAAGGUGGACAUCGACGGGAAGGAGAUGUGGCUCUUCUACAUUGCGAAGGCCUUGUGCAGGGAGGAUAUACUCGCGAUAGAUCAGUCAUACCGCGACGGCCUUCGACGCUUGAUCGGCGCCACCGAGGAGCCCAUGCUCAUCAUCUACCAUCAUCCGAAGUCCAACACGCCUAUUGCAUAUGUGCCACUGUCCGCUCUCAGCGCUGGUAAACAGAUACCGUUGCGCGAGUAUACUCUCGUCUGCAACGCUAUCGUCCCCGACGGUGCCGAUCUCAACGACCGGAGCAUUCAGCAUCGGUAUAAACAGUCGCGUCCUACCUAUCUGUUUGGGUAUCUACUAUCGCCUCAGAAGGUGUACGAGAUGCUCAGGCAGAGCGGGAAGGCCAGCAAGACCAUGACAGCCACGCUCAAGGGAUACCUCGGGUUUAUCAAGAAACAUACGGGCAUCACUUGGGGGAACGGCUUGAAGAAGAUUCACGUGGAAGAAGAGGAGGUCUGGAUUAUCUACACGGCGCAGUCAUUGCGAAAGGAGGAGAUAUUCGAAAUCGACCAGCCGCAUCGAGAUGCCUUUCGCCACUUGAUCGGCGCGACCGAAGAUCCCAUGCUCAUCACCUAUGAACACCCGAAGCGCUUCAUCUGUUGA